AUGUUGGGACAAGCGCCGAAUAUGGCGUACAGAGUUGUGUGGAUUAUGCUGCUAUCCGGAUGUGCCUUCACCUUUGUAUACCAAGCGAUCGCCGUAGUCGAUAAGUAUUACCGAAUGGAUAAAAUUACUGACAUCCAGCUGAAAUUCGAUACUGUCUUCGAAAAAAUAAUGAGAAAAGCGGCGAACACCGAUCAAUCAUUGGAAGAUUUGGAGAAAGCCGUCGAAAAGGCUAAAACUCUAUUGCCUCCAGACUACAGUGAAAGAAAAAUUAGGGAUACAGGGGGCAAAGGAACAUUUGAGCCGGCCAAUUCAGUUUGCGUAUGCGAAGACGACAACUGCGAGGCCGAUGCUCCAAAGCGUGGAAUCGCGCGAGCUACAGGCAAUCAUCAACAUACGUUCGAACUUGCGAAGCUAUGCAGAGAAGCGAUAAAGGAAGAUCUGAAAGAGAGAGGAGCAGCAGUUAUGGACGAAGCCGCCGAUGCCGGAAAGAACAUUCGCAAAGACCGACCGAGCUUCGCCAAUUACAAGGCCAAGAUGACUUCCCUUCGUCGUCCUGACGAAACAGUUACUGCAUCUCGAAGGGCAAUGGGAAAGGUGUUCUACGACUUCCACUCUCACCUCUUCGACAGCCGGUCCACCUGCCUAUCCACCUUUUCAGGCGCGUCGGAUAUGUCGCAAGCCCGUUCGUUCGCCAAUUCGCGUCGGCCAAAAAUUGUGCGGAGCCUGGUCUUGAUAGGAUCAAACCAGAAAAUCUAA